AUGCGAUCCAGCCAAUUGGCGCUGCGCUCGCUCUCCCUGUUCGGAUCCGAGAAUCCAUGCGGCGGCAUCAUCACGGAGGCGACGUCGAAGGCGGACGCGGCGGCGAUGCGGGUGGUGUCCCGCAGGGGCGCCGCGCGGCUGGUGCUCGUGUCGGCCAUCGCCUGGGCCAUGCUCGGCCUCGUCGCACUCGCCUUCCACCUCCGGCCCUGCAGCUCCCCCGUCGCGUUCCUCUCAGCCCUUUGCAAAAAAGACAAUAAAGUUCUCUCUGUGUUGGACUCGAUGGGGCUCUCAUUGAAACCGCUCCACCGCUGCCCGAUACCUGUUGCGGAUGAUCCAAAUGCUGUUGCCAUCCCAAAGAGGACUCCCAACACAAUCGUAAAGAAGCUAUCCUAUAUAACUAUUGACAAACAGGAUAAAGAUCCUUCACCGCUGUUUGGAGGACGUCAAAACUGGAAACAGAGGGAGGAGAGCUUUAAACUGAAUUCUACCAUGAAGGUGCACUGUGGAUUUAUGAAAAAUAGCGGUGCGGAUAUGGAUAUCAUUGAUGUCAAGUACAUACAGAAAUGCAAAUUUGUGGUUGCCUCUGGUAUUUUUGAUGGUUAUGACAUUCCCCAUCAGCCAUCAAAUAUUAGUCGUCGGUCUCAGAAACUGUUCUGCUUCCUAAUGGUGGUAGAUGAAGUAUUUCUUGAUUUUAUUGAAAAGAAUACAACCGUCAAGGUUGACAAUGCUGGAGGAAAAUGGGUUGGUAUAUGGCGACUUAUAACGGUACAUCACCUCCCAUUUGACGAACCCAGAAGGAAUGGAAAAAUACCAAAGAUUUUAACGCACAGGCUAUUUCCUCAAGCUUGGUAUAGCAUUUGGAUUGAUGGGAAAAUGGAGCUCAUAGUUGAUCCACUGCUUAUUCUUGAGAGAUAUCUCUGGCGUGGAAAAUACACAUUUGCAGUAGCUGUCCAUAAGCAUCAUAGGAGCAUCUAUGAAGAGGGUGAUGCAAUCAAACGACGGAAGCGGUAUGCUCGUCCUUUGGUUGAUCUUCAGAUGAAGAUGUACUAUUAUGAGGGGAUGGAACCUUGGAGCCCAAAGAAAAAGAUGCCUAGUGAUGUGCCGGAGGGAGCAGUGCUGAUCCGGGAACACACAACGAUGACCGAUCUAUUCAGCUGCCUCUGGUUCAACGAGGUCAAUCUUUUCACACCACGUGAUCAGAUCAGCUUUGGCUACGUGGUGCAUAGGCUCGGAGACGCUCUUAAGUUCUUCAUGUUCCCCAACUGCGAAUACAAUUCGCUGUUCAUCUUGCACAGACACACAAGAGAACACUCAUCUAAAGUCGAAUGGGCCAAAACAAUCGAUGAGAUUGUGAAGAAGGGACUGAAGGAGAGUAGAGGAGGAUUAGGGCUAUGGACUCCGUAUCCCGCAGAUCUCAGCUCUGUGGAACUCCCUGCUGUAAAAAGAACUUCACCAGCUGGCUAG